AUGGUGGCCUUGAAGCUAUUGGAGCAGAACGAGGAGUCUGACGACUCUAGUGACUACAGCAUCGAGAAGGACGAGUACGACGAUGUUGCAUCUGGAUCAGACGACGAAGAAGGCGACGGCGGCGCUGCCGACGACAAUGAGGAGGAUUUGGAAGGCGUUGACCCAGAAAACCUUCACGGCAAGGUCGACAUGACCGAUCUGUCGGCUGUGAAGGGCCGUAUAGAGAGCAUCUGUGGCGUAUUGUCGAACUGGUCGGCUGCGUCUAAGAGUGGCGUGGUGACCAAGAAGCGAGGCGCCUACAUGAGGGAGCUUAGGGAGAUGGUGAGCGCCUACUACGGCUACACAGAUGAACUGGCCGAGUACUUCUUGCAGCUCUUCAGUCCUACCGAGGCCAUCCAACUUUUCGAAGCGUUCGAGAGACCGCUACCGAUGACGCUGCGUGUUAACACUCUGAAGACCAAGCGUAAGGAGUUGGCUGCUGCACUUAUCGCAAGGGGGGCUAACGUCGACCCCGUUGGCAACUGGAGCAAGGAGGGUCUGGUCGUGCACUCGUCUCAGGUGCCCAUCGGAGCCACUCCGGAGUAUCUCGCUGGACACUACAUGAUGCAGUCUGCUGCUUCCAUGAUCCCUGUGCUUGCGCUGGGCGCUCGUGAAGGUGAGAAGGUUCUAGACGUUGCGGCGGCACCGGGAGGAAAGACCACGCACAUCGCACAGAUGAUGAACAACGGAGGCAUUUUGUACGCCAACGACCUGAAUAAGGACCGUUGCACUGCGUUGGUUGCCAACAUCCACAGGUUGGGAAUCACAAACACGAUAGUGACCAAUUACAACGGUUUGGAUCUGAAGGGUGUGCUGCCUCCUUUGGACCGUGUGCUCUGUGAUGCCCCGUGCUCCGGUCUAGGCAUCAUUUCAAAGGACCCCUCCGUGAAGCUCAACCGGACUAUUUUGAAUCUGCAGCAGAACGCCGACUUGCAGAAACGCCUUCUGUUGACCUGUAUUGACAUGGUGAACAGCAGCACGAAGAACAAUUGCGUGGUGUACUCCACCUGCAGCAUCUCAGUAGAGGAGAACGAACACGUCAUUGACCACGCGCUGAAGAUGCGCGACGUUAAGCUGGUGCCUCUGGGUGUUGAUGUGGGUUCCCCAGCACUUUCGAAUUUCCGUGGAAGGCACUUCCACCCGUCGAUAGGCAUGUAUGCGCGGCGGUUUUACCCGCACGUGCACAACCUUGAUGGGUUCUUCGUAGCGAAGCUGGUGAAGCUGAGUUCGAAGAUCCCGACGCUGCCGAAACGCCAUCGCGAACCGCGGUCGAGGUCUGAGGAUGCGACUGAACACGAGCCUAAGUUGCAUAAGAAGAGCGGGAAGGCUGGUAAACCCAAGGCGUCUAAGGAUAUGAAGCGCCGGAAACAAGAAGAUGAGAUAGAUCCGGAGGUGACACCGCUGCCUAUCAAAUCUUCCACGAAACAAAAGGAGAAAAGGCCGAAGGUAGAACGUGAGGACCCUCGCCCCGAAAAGAAGAAAUCAAAGGGUACCGCGUCGGCCAAGAGUACCAGGUCUGCUAGGAGUUCAAAGAUAGAGAAGAAUACCAGGUCUGCUAGGAGUUCGAAGAUCGAGAAGAGUGCCAGGAGUUCGAAGGCUGUGAAGGAUUCAGUGUCGAAAAAGGUCAGGAAGCAAACGAAGGACGUCAAACACAGCUCGGUAAAAUCAAAGGCAAAAGGGAGGACGUCAAAGGCUGCAAAGCACUCGAAGUCCUCAUCCAAGAGGCAACGUUAG